GGAGUAUUCCUUCCCGAUUUCUCUGCUCCACCGCCGGUGGAGGGCGAACGAUUCCGCGACCGCUGGAGAAGGGCGCCACCGCGGGGCGGCGUAGCUCGCGCGGCCGCACUGCGCAGCCUUGGCGCCGUCGUACCACGGCCGCGCCGAACCCAACCCAAACCAAACAUGUCGGCGUCGGAUCUCCCCGACGAGCUGUGGGCGCGCGUGCUGGAGCUCGGCGCGGCGUCCUCCGCGCUGGGGUUCCGCGACCUCUGCGCCCUCGCCAUCGCCUGCCGCCGCCUCCGCCGCCUCUCCCUCCACCGCUCCCUCUGGUCGGCGCUCCUCUCCCGUGAUUUCCCCUCCCAAUCGCCGCAGCCCUCUACCUCCUCCUCGUCGUCCUCCUCUCAGCACCACCCCAAAUCCGUCUACAAAACUAAGUUCGAGAGGCAUAAGGUGCGGAUGGCGGAGGCGAGGCGGCGGGUGGUGUUCGAGGCAGAGGGCCGGGUGUUGGCGUGCCGGAGGCGGCUGGCGCAGCUGGAGGAGUCGUUGCAAGCGGAAGGGGAGAAGUUGAAGGCCUCUGCGCAGGAGCUGGAAAACCUCGAGAGAGUCAGGAGAGCUUCUGUGGCAUUAAAUGUAUGGCAACCACAAGUUGUUCGUGGACGUCAAAAGGAGUUGGUUCAGCAGUGCACAGUUCCAGUUGAUUCCCGUCUUAGUGACUUAAAGAUGGAGCUAAAAGUUUGUAAGCAACAAAUAGCAACUUAUAAGAAUAUAUAUAACAAGGAGAAGGAAAAACUGAAUGAGUAUGAGGAAGCAUUGGAGAGAGCAAUGUAUCAUCCAUUGCAGAGUAGCCAUAAAAGUUCAAUUGUGAAUGAUCCACAGGCAAAGAGAAAGAAACUCAAGUAAGACAUGCAAAUUUGCCUGCAAGCCUCCUUCUGAUCUUCCUUGAGUUGCAGGUAUGCAUGCCACUGAUAUAAUGGCAAAUGCAAAAUAGGCUGAAAAGAGAGGAACAAAAAGGUUCUUCAUGUUUAGCAGUGGCCUUCUUCCUUGCCAGGCAAGUUGAUAGGAGGCACCACUGAUCUUUCCUUAUGCUGAGAGAAUCUAUUCUCAUGGUGUGUACCGACACCGUCCAGCCGCCAGCUGUUUAUACCAUAGCUAAAAUAGUGACUGCUGACUCAUUCACGAAGCUGUGGGCGGUCAGCGAUUCUGCCGCAGCAGGACGACAUAUAUCUGAUCAAAUUGCUUCGGCUGACCCGUGGUUUUAAGAGAUGUGCACGUGAAACAAUCAUGUUCCCCCAUUUUACUUUCAAUUUGCAGAUUUAUGCAAUUAAUUACAUGUACGCUACUUCGUUUAGAAGUCAAUGAUCUCAUCGGCAUUACUCUGCAUGUACGAUGUUUCUGCCUGUAGAAAUUGGUUGUAGCUCUUGUUAAAACAAAGAUAGUUUGCGUUGCAAAGUUAAAUCUUAAAGUUGAUAAUGGACAAGAAUAUCAAGUCUACU